AAUUAUUGCCUCUGGCGCAAUAGGUGGGCUCCUCCUCCUCUUGCUGCUGCUAAUUCCUUGUCUAGUCUGGAGGAAGAGAAACAGCAGAGAGCAGUCUAUUAUGAUAAACCCAAGAGAAACUGCCAUUCACAUGAACACAUAUGGAAACACUGUAGGUGCAGCGAGUGAAGAGGAUUAUGAAGAGGAUUACAUCAACGCAGAAACCUUUGUCAACAAGAGCAAAGAUGAAGACUUGAAAAAAGGAUGCCAUGCAGGAAUGAAUGCUCCAGGAUCCAUGAAUAAGUGUGGAAACAACCAAGGUGAAGGACCAGAGGCAGCUGCCAUGAGCAUCAACAAGUACGGAAACACUGUGGGUGCAGCGAGUGAGGAAGAUGAUGAAGAGGAAUAUGUCAACGCAGAAAUCUUCGUCAAUAAGAGCAAAGAUGAAGACAUGAAAAAAGGAUGCCAUGCAAGCAUGAAUGCUCCAGGAGCCAUGAACAAGUGUGGAAACAACCAAGGUGAAGGACCAGAGGCAGCUGCCAUGAGCAUCAACAAGUACGGAAACACUGUGGGUGCAGCGAGUGAGGAAGAUGAUGAAGAGGAAUAUGUCAACGCAGAAAUCUUCGUCAAUAAGAGCAAAGAUGAAGACAUGAAAAAAGGAUGCCAUGCAAGCAUGAAUGCUCCAGGAGCCAUGAACAAGUGUGGAAACAACCAAGGUGAAGGACCAGAGGCAGCUGCCAUGAGCAUCAACAAGUACGGAAACACUGUGGGUGCAGCGAGUGAGGAAGAUGAUGAAGAGGAAUAUGUCAACGCAGAAAUCUUCGUCAAUAAGAGCAAAGAUGAAGACAUGAAAAAAGGAUGCCAUGCAAGCAUGAAUGCUCCAGGAGCCAUGAACAAGUGUGGAAACAACCAAGGUGAAGGACCAGAGGCAGGUGAGGAAGAUGAGGACAUCUAUGAAAAUCCAGAUACCUUCACAGGGAUGGAUGAUGCUGAAGAUAUGUAUGAUGAAGACAAUUAGUCUUUAGACCUGGAGCAGCUAGCUUCAUGUAAAGCUGGAGGGGAGAAUGAAGAAGAUGACAAGAUAUACGCUAACUAUGAGUGGAGGACUUGUAAUAGGCAUGUUGAUGCAGAGAUAUUGAUGCCAGGAGAGGCUUGAAAUGUUAGCUUGGUGAGUUGAAUUAUAACAUUUUUCAUCAAAAUGCUCAGUUAGUAGAUAAGAGUACAGGCUUUGUUUGAAUAUGAAUUUCAAUGUACUGUACAUUAUUUGGGUGUAUGAUUUCUAGGUGUAUUCUUGCCGGGUAAUUGUAUGAGUUUUCUGACUUGACUAACACAUGUAGCUCUAUUUAUCUUUUUUAUUAUUCAUUAAAUAAAAAUAUACAGUGGGGAGAACA